AUGUACUGCAUUACCCUCAAACCAUUUUCUCCAUCUCCACGUUCUUUCUUCAGAAAACCAGCUAAUAUCCAAAUAAAUCCCACAAAAGAUUACGCCCAAAACCCACAAAUUUUCACUCCUAUGACCACAUGUAUUUCUCACAGAUCAGCUAAAUCAAGGUCAAGAAAUCCAAAACCCGGUAAUCUUUCAGUUUCUUUCUUGACAGCAAAUAAACCACCAGAGCUGCAAACUCUAAACAUAACCGAUAAGACAUAUUCUUUAAAUUCAGAGUUCAAGUCAUUAUCCGAACCCAUCGAAAGAGUCAAAAGAUUAUUACACUACGCAACUCUCCUGCCUCCAUUCGAUGAGUCUUUGAGAAUUCAAGAAAACCAAGUCAAAGGGUGCACAGCGCAGGUCUGGGUGGAGGUAAAGAUGGAUAGUAAUGGGGUGAUGAGAUUUAGAAUUGACAGUGACUCAGAGAUUACAAAAGGGUUCAGUUCUUGCCUGAUUUGGUUGCUAGAUGGUGCAGUUCCUGAGGAGGUUUUGAGUGUGAAAACUGAGGAUUUGGUGGAUGUGAAUGUGGGGUUGAGUAAUAGGUUUCCUUCGAGGGUUAACCCUUGGCAUAAUGUGUUAAUUAGCAUGCAGAAGAGGACUAAAGAUUUACUCACUCCAGAAGUUUUUUCUUAA